UUGGCCCGGCCCAAUCACGUGACGGUGUUUUCCAAGACGCGGUUCUGCGCUGUGUUAAGCUGGACUCGGUCCGUUUCGUUUGGUAGGUAGGUCGUGGCACUGGGUCGGGAAGAUGGCUUGCGUGGAGCUGUGUCUUCUCUUGCUAGGGGUGCUGAGUGUCCAGGGAGCCCCAGAUUCAGAUGAGGUGAAGUUCCUCCCUGGACUGGACAAACAGCCCAGCUUCAGGCAGUACUCGGGCUACCUCAAUGUGGCUGAAAGCAAGCACCUUCACUACUGGUUUGUGGAGGCCCAGCUCAACCCCUCCUCCAGCCCUGUGGUGCUCUGGCUGAACGGAGGCCCUGGGUGCAGCUCCUUGGACGGCUUCCUCACCGAGCACGGCCCCUUCCUGAUCCAGGAUGAUGGCACCACUCUGAAGUACAAUCCUUAUUCCUGGAACAUGAUUGCCAACAUGCUAUAUCUGGAAUCCCCAGCAGGGGUCGGGUUUUCGUACUCGGACGACAAGAAUUACACAACCAAUGACACGGAGGUCUCCAUGAAUAACUACCUGGCUCUGAAGGAGUUCUUCCGGCUCUUCCCAGAGUUCAGCAAGAACGAGUUCUUCAUCACGGGGGAGAGCUACGCGGGAAUCUACAUCCCGACGCUGGCUGAGCGGGUCAUGGAGGACAGCAGCAUCAACAUGCAGGGAAUCGCGGUCGGAAACGGGCUGUCCAGCUACGAAAUGAACGACAACUCCUUGGUUUAUUUUGCUUACUACCAUGGACUCCUUGGAACCAGGCUCUGGACAGAUUUGCAGAACUUCUGCUGCUCUGAGGGAAAAUGCAACUUCUAUGACAGCAAGGACCAGAACUGCUGCAGGAAUCUGGAUGAAGUGCAGCACAUUGUUGAAGGCUCCGGACUGAAUAUCUAUAACCUGUAUGGACCGUGCGCAGGGGGUGUGCGUGAGAAAGUGAGCUAUGACAGAGACCACCUGGUUAUACACGACCUGGGGAAUCGGUUCAUCCAGCACUCGUGGAGCCGCAUGUGGAGGGAGAAAUUGAAGAACGUGAACAGUCUGCACCGAUCUGUGAGGCUGGACCCUCCGUGCACGAACUCCACUGCCUCCACCACCUACCUGAACAACCAGUACGUCAAGCAGGCUCUCCACAUCAGCCCCAAGGCUCUGGACUGGCUCAUCUGCAGUGCGGAAGUGAACCUGCAAUACAAACGCCUCUACAUGGACGUGAGGAAGCAGUAUCUCAAGCUGCUGGGCGCGCUGAAGUACCGUGUGCUGGUGUACAAUGGAGACGUGGACAUGGCCUGUAAUUUCCUGGGUGAUGAGUGGUUUGUGGAGUCCCUCCAGCAGCAGGUGCAGGUGAAGCGGCGGACCUGGCUGUACAAUAAUGGGGAGAAUCAGCAGGUGGGCGGCUUCGUCAAGGAGUUCUCCAACAUCGCCUUUCUCACUGUCAAGGGAGCGGGUCACAUGGUCCCGACAGACAAGCCCAUUGCUGCCUUCACAAUGUUCAGUCGCUUCCUGAAAAAGCAGCCCUACUAAUGAGGGACCAGACCCGUGCCAGCCAGGAAUGAGAGGCACCCACCCGGCACACCCCUCCUUCAGGGCACGUUUCCACGGCACCUGCCUCUUCUCCAUCUGGAAUCCAUCUGAUCCUCCGUCACUGUCAUACCGCAGAAAUCUUCUUUGCUACAUUGUAAUUCACACAAGCUGACCUUGUGACCGCUUUUUCAGUUGUGGAAUGGGAAGCACAUGACAAGUAUUGCAGAAGACGUAGCCAACAACUUGUACUGUAGAGGCUUCAGGGUCCCUAGUUCUGCCUACUGCGUUUGAUAUUUCUGUGCCAUCUGUAACCAGUUCUGCAGUAUAAAAGGCUGCCUUUAUAAACAGAGACCACUUCGUGUUGGGUUGAGUCCCCUUGCUCUGCUGGUCAGUUGCUUUUUAACAUAAACCUUUCUUGUGAUCUGUAAUCUGUGGUUCAGCUACUCCAGCCCAGAACGUUUGAGUAAAAUGUGAAUUUUUUGCAGGUCUCUCAUUUCUUUAUAUUCUUAUCAAAUCACUGUGCCCAUAAGGAGUGUGUUUGCUGAAGCGUUGACGCCUGUGGGAGUGUGUAGCGUCUAAGGAAGCGUGUAGCACUGUAACCCUAGAAUCAUUUGAAAUGUGUUUAUUUCCACUGAAUGACGAAACACUGCAAUGUAAUCAAACCGAAUCAUUAAAGAGGAGGGAGGCGCUGUGAGAUCACCGUGUAAUAAGGGUUCAAUCCCUCCUGUGUUUACUUUUCAGUUCUAAUAAAAAUAACAAGCUGUGUAUUUUCUUUUUUUUUUUUACUGAGAUGUCUGUUGCUCUGAUCUGUUUAGCUCAGGGAUGAGAUGUGUCUGACCUUUUUGUUUCUGUUUAAAUUUGUUUUUGAUUAAAUAUGUUGAUCUCCGUCCAA